AUGGUGACGGUUAAGGUCCUUCUUGCCCUUGUUGCCAUCCAUGGUUGGUCUCUCAUCCAACUUGAUGUGAAUAAUGCUUUCCUUCACGGUGAUCUCCAAGAGGAAGUUUACAUGUCCUUACCUCAUGUCUAUGUAGAUGAUAUUGUUAUUGCCACUAACAAUGAGACUCUAGUAGAGGAUUUCAAAACUUUUCUUGACAGCCGUUUUAAACUCAAGGACUUGGGAAGAUUGAAAUAUUUCCCGGGGAUAGAAGUGGCUAGAUCAAAUACAGGCAUCUCUUUAAGCCAGAGGCAUUAUGCCUUACAGCUCCUCUCGGACAGUGGUUAUCUUGGAUGCAAAACUAGGAAGACCCCCAUGGAUCCCAAUGUGAAACUUUCCCAAGAUGAGGGAGAAUUACUUGAUGAUCCAUCUCAGUAUAGAAGAAUUAUUGGGAAGCUUCUAUACCUCACAAUAACAAGACCAGACUUGUCAUACUCUGUUAACAAGUUAAGCCAAUUUCUUGCCCAACCGAGAGCCCCUCAUUUGAAGGCUGUACAACGGGUUCUUCAAUAUGUCAAGGCAAUAGUUGGACAAGGGAUCUUCUUUUCUGCCAGCUCCUCAGUCCAUUUGAGAGGUUUCGCUGACUCAGACUGGGCUUCUUGUCCGGAUAGUAGGAGAUCCAUUAGUGGUUUUUGCAUCUUCCUUGGGGACUCACUGGUUUCCUGGAAAUCCAAGAAGCAACAUACUGUUGCAAGGUCUACGGCUGAGGCAGAAUACAGAUCAAUGGCCAAUGCAACAUGUGAGCUUAUGUGGCUGCUCUCCUUGCUCAAGGAUCUGGAAAUCGACCAUUCCAAGCCUACAGUUUUGUAUUGUGAUAAUGAGGCUGCUCUCCAUAUAGCAGCCAAUCCAGUUUUUCAUGAAAGGACCAAGCAUAUAGAGAUUGACUGCCACCUUGUUAGAGAGAAAAUCCUGAAUGGAACCUUGAAGACCCUACAUGUAGCUUCACAACAUCAAGUGGCAGAUAUACUGACAAAGCCACUCUUCCCAUCUCAGUUUGCUACUCUUCUAGGCAAGAUGGGAAUUCAAAACAUUCAUUCUCCAUCUUGA